CAGUCGCGCGCUGGGCCAUGAGCAAUUAGUUUGGCUGCAUACCUACAUUUGGCAAAUACGGGAGAAACAAAUCUUGAAUUCUGAUUUGGACACUGCAACCACCAGCGAUAGCUGCUUCGCCUUUCGCAACACAUUCGAAGCUACAUACAAUCGGAGUUCACCGCACACGAUGCCCGCCCCGACAGCGGUCAAGCCCACAGCGGCUAUCGAAGAUGGCGCAGCCGUCGCCCCCGUCGCUGACAACGGCAGUAUGGCAGUCGAGGCCGACCAGGCCGAGGAAUUCAUGCUGGACACUACGGACCAGACGCUGCCGGCUGCCAGCGACAUCGCCGCCCCCACUGAGGAGAACACAGAGAUGGCGGUCGACGAGGAGUCGAGGCCAAAGUUUUCCGCGGCAAAGGACGAGGGACCGUCGGUCAUGAAGGAGACGAGGAAGGUGCCUAUCCCGCCACACAGGAUGACGCCGCUCAAGAAGGACUGGACGCAAAUAUAUGAGGCGCUGGUUGAGCACUUGAAACUGCAGGUGCGCGUAAACACGAGGACAAAGGCUGUCGAGCUGAGGACGUCAGAGCACACAACCGAGGCUGGAUCUCUACAGAAGGGUGAGGACUUUGUCAAGGCAUACACUCUGGGUUUCGAAGUCCAGGAUGCUAUUGCCCUGAUCAGGGUACCAGAGUUGUACAUUCAAACCUUUGAAAUCAAGGAUGUCAAGUCCCUGACCGGCGAUCAUCUUGCUCGUGGUGUUGGUCGCAUUGCUGGUAAGGACGGAAAGACAAAGUUUGCUAUUGAGAAUGCGUCUCGCACGCGUAUCGUGCUGGCAGACAGCAAGAUCCAUAUUCUCGGUAGCUUCAGGAACGUCAGGAUGGCUCAGGAGAGCAUUGUGGACCUGAUUCUUGGCAAGCCCCCUAGCAAAGUUUACGGCAACCUCAGGACCAUCAGCGCCAGGCAAAAGGAGAGGUUCUGAGCUUUUUGAAAGCAUGUCUGAUAUGCAUGGAAUGACGGAGUACAUGGCGUUUCGGUUUCGGUAAUGAUGUUGUUUUUUGCGGGUUUGGGCGUAAUCUAUUUAUCCACGGAAAAUUGACGCAUCAAAAUAUUCGAAUUCAUAUUUCAGUCAUGACUUGCGAUCAAAAGUGCAUAGGCGCAGGUAUUUUGUGAUUAUCAUAUUUGGGUAUCAUUUCGUAAAAUAACAUUUUCUGGGCG